GAGGCAAGCUGAACCAGGUGCCAUAGGUCGUUUACAGCCACGGCUAAACAGUCGACCAACCACCAGCCGGCUGGCUUUUUCCCGGGGCGAACAAUCGUUAACGCAUUAUGCCAAUUGCGAGGUCGGCUGGAAAUCUGUACCAGGAGGGGUCCCAGCUCAACCGGGUAAUUUUGCACGAUUGCUGAGUCAGGAAUUCCAACAUCCUCAUCACCCAGAGAAAACAGCUACGAUCAGCACUGGCGAUACGUUACAGGCGUAGUAUCCGGUCAUGUAUCUAGAACGUUUGAGGUUAGGUUACCUAUCUGACGUAUACAUAAUGAGCGUACGUAUCUGUUAUAGAUACCAGGGUCCUGCAUUAUUAAUGCUAUGAAAACAGAAUGUAAAUGGCAGGAGAUGCGAGUCCACCUGAAGACACCUGGAAGCCAAAAAGGAUCUCUUGGGUAAGGAUCGUUACUUUUAUUAAUCCCUUUUGCAGGUGGGCAUUCUACAUACAUGAUGUUAUUACGUCAAGGGUGUCGGAUGAACAUGGGCUUAAGUGAGUAUGCUACCCAUGACAGGGAAACCCUCUUCUUAGUAUCCCAAAUGUCCCUAGGACACUUAAGAGCUUACUGGCGUAAGGGUUACCUGUUUCAAUGGACUCAUUAACCUUCUAGAACAUGGAACAGGUUACCUACACCGGUCAAUUUUACGACAUUCCGCCAUUUUGUCAUUUCGCUUUAAGUUAGCUAGAAUCCUGAUGGAUGUUUCUCUCUCUCUCUCUCUCUCUCUCUCUUCUCUGUACAGUCUUGCCGUUCUAGGAAUAGGACACUAGCUUGCUAAGCCAAUCGCAGAGGGGACACAAAGGAUGGUCCCUCUUGGCCGGAAGGACUAAAUGACUCUUCCUCAGAGACUACUGUUUACGAAACGGACGGAUCGCAUCUGGUGGCUUCUACUUAGAGUUCCGUUAAGGACGCGAGCGAGAAAGAUAAGACUAGAGACGUGAAUCGUCAACCUGAGGGAGAAGGAUAGCAGCGACGGAGGCCUUCUUCUCCCGGAUCCUAAUUUUCCCAAGGAUGCUUCGGCUAAGCAAGCUUACGAGCUGCCUCGACCUAACCUCUAUCCGCCAUUAACCUUCCCUCUGGGUCCUUACCAGCGGACAAUGAAAUUAGCCGUUGGAGCCUUUUGCGAGGUGCAAAGGAGAGCCUACGAGGAUGAGGAGGAUGAGGACUGGAUUGAUAUAAGGUGGGAAAAUUCCAAUGGAUUCCCAUUGGAUGGCUGUAUGUCUGCGUGUUGCAAUAUUCGUACCUACUGUGGGCGUAUAUGGUUCUAUGGGGAAACUAGCUUUCUCUCUAAUCAAUGGUCCAAUGGCCGCUCGACGAUUCUAACCACAAUUAAUCUUCCAGAAUGUUCUGCGAGUACGUUCCGAUCGCGUGAUCCGGAGGACAUAACGUUACCCGAUGACCAAUCGAACACUCGUCCCGGGAUCCAGGACGUGGCAUAUCCCGGGAAUUCUCUCUCCUCCCCUUUUCAGCUCUCUCUCUCUCUCUCUCUCUCUCUCUCUCUCUCUCUCUCCCUCUCGUCAUCUCUUCAUCACUCCCUUCAAGCUCCUACUCAACAUCAGUUUCAUCCAAAAUCUCAUAGGGAGCCUUGUCUCGCGUGACAUACGAUUUCCACGCAGUGUCCUUCAUCCUUCCCCAGGUCGAACGAGCCAUAAGCAUAAUUACCCAUAACCCUAAACCGUUGCGUUACUAACGUCCCCCUUGCUCGCCUGUGAAAACCUCAGGAACCUCGUGAGACCUUGGAACUUCGGUAGACACCUUUAAACUGUAGACCCUCUCUCUCUCGCUCUCCUCUUCUCUUUCUGUUUCUCUGUAUACUUUGAACAUUGAGUAUCCCACCGGUAUUCCAACUGGUUUCCUACCACUUCUCGCAGACUUCCGGAAACCUUUCCACUUUGCUCCCGCAACUUCUCUCACUCGGCUUCUCUCCUCCCUCCGUGAUAUAUCCCCGUAGACUCUGGUAGUUUGUUGGUCAUGGUAUGUAAUCUCAGGCUGGACCAGACAAAGCGUGACGAUCUCACCCCCGCGUUAACCACCCCCCCCAGUAAGCCCCAUUCCAUCGUUAUACACACGUACUUUCUAGGGAGAUUCUAGGACUAGGAUGACGAAGGUUAGAGGUGCCUAUAGGCUCUAGGUUAGUAGCAUACAAGGAGAACAAUUCUAGGGGUAGCACUGGGUACCAACCAGUCACGCUUUGGCCCCCCUCCAGAGUUAGAGACUUGCCUGGGAUGGUUGGUAACUCAGGAGGGUCAGAGAAACGAAUGGGGUGAGAGAGUGCGCUAACUGCAACCCCCUUAUGACUCCCUAUAACUUGGCUAUAGUCAGCGACCCCUACCAGGGUUCCACCACCAAUCCGGCCGCAGGCCCGUAUGUCCACCAUCCCCACGAAUACCCGUCUACCCGGCUGCAACGAAACUUGUUACGGCGUAGGAGAGAUUUGUGAACGGGCACCGGUGACAGGGUUCUCUCGACCCUUACGUACAGCCCAUCUACACCCUACAACCUACUACCCUUUCACCCUCUUCACUCUUUGAGGAUUCACACGAUCAGCAUCCCUGUUCCAGACGAUACGUUUCCCAUUGAGCCAGCAUCCCUUAAAGCUUUAUCCAUAGCCACGUACCAUUUAUAAUAAAACUUGUUUUCUCUUUUAGCUACCAGCCCCGAUGUUAAUCAACGAGCAGCCUUUUCUCUCGGCACCAGGUCAAAGUUUCCUGGUAAUAGGAUUGUAAGUUCAGGUGGUGACCGGUUACCUUACAGAAGGAUUAUCCGUGCCAGGAAGUAUUACUCCCUUGAACCCAUCCCUUUAACCAGUUCAGUAGCUAAACCCUGCGCUGCUCAGGCCUUGCUCUAUCUCUCUCGCUCUCUCUCUUUAGCAUCACCUAUCCUUCAUCGAAACUCGUUAGGCAGUAGAGAUUACUGUGGCGAAUGUGCGAGGAAGGUUCGUCAUCCCAGGAUCUUCAACCAGGUCCUCAGCAUAGUCCUCCCGAUCCAGGACUCCUCUUCAAAGUUACCUCUUUCGGCGUCCCUUUCGACGGCGUAUCCCGAUCGCUGCCAGGAUAGCCCGGCAGGCAGAAAGGGUCCAGCGGUAACUGCAGGUCCUCUGAUACACCCUCCAUCCUCUAUAUAUAUAUAUAUAACAAUACAGUACACUAUAGUACGACACAGUACGCUUGUGUAUAGGUAUGUACAGGAGCCGUGGCAACACUCCCACGGGAGCUGGCUACCCUGGCCCACCUCCUUCCUCCUUCCUCCUCCUCCCUUUUCCCACGGCCGCAGCCGUGUGUCCGUGUGUAACGAAACUUGUUACAGCGUAGGAGAGAUUUGUGAACGCGAGGCGGCAGUGCCCGGGCAUCAGGGCACCACGUACGCAUGCGCAGAUACCCUCGACGUGGGAACGAGGGUUAGAGCCACAUCUCUGAGGGUUCCAGGCAGUACGGCCCGGGACGCGCCGGGAUCAUUCAGCGGGCUAGGCCAGUGCUUUUCUUCAACCCCCGUGGUCGACACAUCGUGCCGCUCGGUCGUCGACGUGAUAACUGAUAACACGUUGUUAAAUCAGAAAAAGUUAAAAAGAAAUUAUCCGUAUAUAUAUAUACAUACGCAUACAUGUAUAUACUGUAUACAGUACAUACAGUAUAUAUAUAAUCUUUAUAAGGAAUUUAUUAAUUAUUUACUCAAUGAAACUCUUAUCAAUAUUUUGAUACCUCCCCUUAUCUUUCCGUCGCCUGGGGAAGGUCAAUCAUAUCAGUUACCUUCGGCACACGUGUCGUUAUUAAAAUACGCCAAGUUUCUGGGCCGGUCAUGUAUCCUGGACCCUCGAGCUCCACGAGGGCCACGUGUCGUACUCCACGGUUCACGCGUGAGCUCCGUUAGUGUUGUGCACCCUUGGAGAUCGCUGCAGGAAUGAAACCAGGAUCGCUGGCGAUCACGGUGAUCGCUCUUCUCGAAAUAGGCAUCCGCGUGCGCGCUGCACUUUAUCAAGAAGCGACGCCGACCGUCGGUGGUCCCGUGUUUGAGGCGCCCAUCGGUAAUCAAACAGCGCCGAUUGGACGCGAGGUGGUUUUUUCCUGCAGCGUUCGCAAUGUCGGCAAGUACAAGAUUGGCUGGUUGCGCGCCUCAGACAAUACCAUCAUAUCAGUUAACGCCAGAACAGUCACUCAAAACUUCAGGAUCACUGUAUCUUAUGAGAUUGGUCGUAGUGCUGGAACAUCAUCAGGGACCAGGAUGAAUGGUACUAACCAGUCCCCCGAGGGCAUGGUGGAAACCUGGAAGUUGCACAUAAAGAAGUUGGAGGAUAGUGACGGUGGUUGUUAUAUGUGUCAAAUAAAUACAAGUCCUAUGAUUUCGCAGCUUGGCUGCGUUGAAAUUUUAGUUCCACCUGACAUCGUAGAAGGUAGUGACACCAGUGCUGAUUUGGCAGUUUCCGAAGGAGGAAAUGCCACUCUUAGCUGUAAGGUUACGGGGAGACCUAUCCCCAGAGUCUCAUGGAAACGCGAGGAUGGCGAACCCAUUUCCAUUAGGCAGACAUCACCCUCACCUCUUGGUGGAAACGGUUUUGUAAAGUACGACAUGUACAACGGAUCCGUUCUUCAAUUUUACCGUGUAGAACGAAAACAAAUGGGCACAUAUUUAUGCAUCGCCAACAACGACGUACCGCCGGCUAUUAGUAAAAGGGUUACCCUAACAGUAGAAUUCGCGCCCGUGGUCAAGGCACCGAAUCAGCUUUUGGGAGCGCCCCUCGGCACCGAUGUACAACUAGAGUGUUACGUCGAGGCCUAUCCCAAGACUAUUAAUUACUGGUUGAAGAACAGGGACGAGAUGUUGCUAGAUGGAGCGAAAUACAGCAUCCGUGAAGAACGCUCGGGCUACACGGUUUUAAUGUGGCUUCUAAUUAAGGGCUUUACGCGCGAUGACGUGGGUAGUUACAAUUGCGUCUCGACCAACAGUCUAGGCAGGGCUGAAGGGACGCUGAGACUCUACGAGAUCAGAGUAUACAGCGAGAACAGGGGGUCCCACGGGAAGGAUCACAUUUCCAUAAUUGGCGGUCUCGCCGAGGCUGCCAGGGGCUCUGGCGCUAGCAGAGGCAACGACAACUCCGGGAACAACUUCAGCUACAGUAUCAGCCUGAUUCUUCUACUGCUGCCGGCGCUCUGGCCCCGGUGAACGCAUGCCGAUUUCCCUAGGGUGCACCAGAGUAUGCUGUACUUGUAACCGGAAUGAUUUGUGCCAAACUAACUGGAGGUCCCCUCUCUACCCCCUCCGCUCCGCCAAACCAAUCCUCUCUUUCUCACUCUCCUCCCUUGUUCUCUCACUUUUUAUUCCCUCUCUCUCUCUUCCCUUCUUCCUUAUCCGUCGGCAAGAAGUCGUGCAUAAGGGCUCUGCCGAAGAGAAUCGCGACUGCAGUGCCAUCUGUUCCUAAAAUAAGAACCAUCCAUCAAGAUUGUCACUUGACAAAGGUACAAGAGGCGCAUAUUUUAUGCAGAAUAUUAUAAAUGGGAAACUGAUCGGAUUCCCUGAGCUUUCUUAAAUAACGAUGCUUGGGCAUUCAGGGAUUUUAAUUAUACAUAAUUACUAGUCGCUAAUGGAAGAGCACCCCAGUGUCAGUCUUAAUGAAUUUUUAAUAGCGCCUUUUUUUUUGUCUUUACUUUGAAUUAUUUAAGAAGCUGCUCGCGUAUAUAUCACUGUCGAUCAUUACGCAGAUAAAUUACGAUAAUCAUAUCAACGUCAUACAUAUCCUUUCAACAUAUCAUUUUAAUGAUUAUACAAUCCCUGCCACUGGUCGAUCAGUUUCAUCAGUUUUAAUCUUACGGCUCAAGCAAUCAACGGUAUUAUUAAAUAAUCAUACAAGAAGGGAAGCAGAGGGGGAAGAGCUACGCCGUCUAAAUGAGAGCACCAGACAAUGACAGAGUAUGAAAGGGAGAGUAAGAGGAGAGAAAAGUAACUAUGUAUUCAAGACUAAGGAAUUCAUCACCACUAAAUAAAUGAUACAUAGAGGAGAAUGGGCAUAUUUGCUUUAGACCCUACCGAGAGAGACACUGGACCCUCUUUUAACCCUCUUAAUUCAUUUGAGCCAUUCAUUUUAUUUUCUCUCUCUCCCUCUCUCUCUCUCACACACACACACACUCUCUCUCUCUCUCUCUCUCUCUCUCUCUCUCUCUCUCUCUAUUUAAUGCCCGUACUUAAUGGGUAAGACAAGGGUCUACCUGCACUAAUAGUCGAACGGGACCACGUUUGCGGAUAGCCUCUUGUAGUACAGUGUACUAUAUACAACUACUACAUCUACAUCUAUGGAUGAAGCAGUACAUGAAUAGCAAGGGGAGACGGGCGUAGCGAUGUGUCUUGCAACCUACUACGUUAAUAAAUUAGGCUCAUUAACUGGGACUACGCAAUAGGACCAAGUAGUGAGUCAGUCAGCCAGUCGAUCUGUCAGUCAGCACAGCAGCCAAAGAAAGCAAAGUCCGUUCAGUGUUCUGUCGUUCAAUAAAGAGUUUGAGUGAACAGAGAAAAUCCUAAUAUUAAUUGUCUUACGAUUUGUCUAUUCGAAGUUGUGCGAACUGCAUCUUCUCUGCGUCCAAGGGAAAACGUUGACCUGAAACACUGAGAUGGGACGAGGAUGAGAAUAAGAGAGAGAAUAAAUAAAAAAGAUGAUACUAGAUAGAAAAGGCGCAUACCAUUGUAUAGAGGGACUCAUUAAAGCUUUGCGGACAACGGUAGGCCUUAUUUUUAAGUAUCACUUCGUACUUAUCAGGAACCGCAUUCCUUCGGGACCUCCGUUCCUUCCUUUGCAUUCAAUAUACUAAGUGCAUCUAUUAUAUACUGUUUCUACGUUGUACUAGUUUAAGGGAUUAAAUAAAGACAUAAGGAGGAUAUAUAAUA